UCGAGCGGUGGGAGGACCGAGCUGACUCCGAGGAGACGCGGGCCGGGAUGUGGGCCAGCUCUCGCCGCUCAGUCACCGCACUCGCCUGAUGGCGUCUUUACGGGCCCUCGGCGUCCUGCGCCGGCACCUUUACACGCACUUUACCCGCAGGAGCUUCGGCCUGUCCGGCGGGAGGGGAAGCCAGAGCCGGGGCGGAGCCAGGCCCGGGGUUGGGCCUGGUCCCCGAGAGGGAGCCGCGACCUCGGGUACGGGGCAACCGGGGGUGACCGCGCUGGACAGGGCGGAUGCUUGGAUGCUCAGGAAGGCUCAUGAAGCAGGAUUUCUCUCCUGGUUUCGGAAUGGGCUGUUGGCCACUGGAGUUGGAGUGAUCGCCUACAUGCAGAGUGAUGUGGGGAGGGAGGCGGCUUACGGAUUCUUCAUCCUCGGCGGAGUGUGUGUCUCCUACGGGAGCGGGUCCUACAUCACCAACCUCUUCCUGCUGAGGCGGAUGAUGAUGCUGACCGUGCCGACUGCUCUGCUGAGCGGGCUGGUGGUGGGCUCCGUGGCGGUCUUCUGGGUCUGUGCCCUGUCCCUCUACAUUGGCCGGCUCGAGGUGGAGUUCAUCUACGACGAGGAGUGCGAGGACUGCCAACCGAAAGAGGACGGCGGGAAAUCGGACAAGUAACGAGGGCGGGAAGUGAACAGAGCGGGCGUUGGAGGCGGGAACUUGGACCUGUAGACAUGUGUACGUUACGCACGGUGCAAUAGUCGGCACCACGCCAAAGGUGCCUCAUUCGUAAAGAGCUGCGGGGCGAGGUGAAGGGGGCUUCAGAAACACAGAAUCUGUCUCUAUUUAAUCACUGGGUUAAAGGAAAAUUAUCAAUUUUAAGCUGCUGCUUGUUUUUUUUCCUGUCUGCGAGUAGUUUAGUUGCUGGGAGCGGUAGGCAGCUUUACCCACCGGGAUGUGCCUGUAACAAAGACGCCCGUCUGCAUUGAGUUAUCCUGUCUUGCCCUGUGCAGCCGGAAGGGACCCCCUGCAACCCUGGGCUAAGAAACGCCAACCUGGGGUUCCUUCCUCCUGAUCGCUGUCCAAUCACCCCACUACCCCCAGGUUUAACUUGUGUGUAUUGUGAGAAUUUUGCAUUUGGCUGCACCCCCUUCCACUGUCAGACAGCUUGCCUCUGUCCCUAACUAGGCUUCUAAGUGCAUUUGGGCCCCCUUUUAAGGGGGCCAUCCAGCACCCUUGGGAAAGGGAGGAUAGGAAACCUAGUCUGCAAGGGGCCAAAUGGCCUCCUUCACUGUAAUUUUGCUAAAUCAUCUUUCAGUGCUGCCUUCAUCCUCUCCUCCUGAGCUUUGGCUGUGAUCAGGGGAGCCUUGGGAGAUGAGCAGGUGCCCCUUCCCAGCACUGUAAGACCCCUCGGUGCUCAUUCCCAACAUUGAGCUCUCAACCCUAAGGCUUUGGGUGGCUUGCAUUCUUCUGUGAAAAAAAAUGGAAUGAAAUAAAAAGUGAUAUUAAAACUUCAAAA